AUGAUCUCUUCUUCUUUUGGGAGAAAUGAUGUGAAAUAUCUCCGCUCUCUUUCUUUUCCUCUUCCUCGCUCAUAUUUUCCUAAGGUUUAUCUUUUGAUCGUGCAAGAUUCACAGCCUGCGCUCGGUGUAGCCACUAUUGCGCCGUUUGGACACCUAGGGAUGGCACCCGGCAAGGCUGAAAUGUGUCCAAUAAUGAUGGAGCUGCUAGAGAAAUUGGAUGCCGUUGCUGCGGCCAGUCAUGUGCAACAGUUUUGUUUUCAAUGUGUAAUGAAACGCGCAAAAGAACAAUUUGGUGGUAAAGAACUGCUGUACGAGAAUGGACCGCCCCCAUGGAUUACUCCUGAAGCGCAUGAUGAAGCUCAGAAGGAGAAACCGAUGGAAGAGGAAACAGCAAAAGUUGAAAAGCCGAAGAAACCUCCGAAGAACAAAAAACAGAAAGUGAAGAUGAUUUUGUCGGAUGAGGAAAUAGAUGCACACUUGUAUAAGCGUUCAUUUGAGCUUUCGGACAGUCACUUGAUAUACGAAAUCGUGAAACUGAAGAAGCUGGGCAAAGCACAAGCGCAUGAGUUUAUGAUCAAAUUGCGUCAGCGAGCAAAAGCUGAAAAAGAUGGGCCGUCUAGGAAGGAGAAUGACCAGAAAACUACCAGAGUCAAUCCUCCAGAACGUAUCCCAUGGUGUCCCAAUGUACAAUCCUUGUUUCCUCGAGGAGUUCUUUCUGGACUCAAUCAAAACGAACAGAAUCGUUUUCUAGCGAUUUGCCAGAAUGUGAUGAAUUCGGGUUCGUUUAGAUUCAUGCAGAAUUUGAAAGAGUUCAAGGAAUUUCAAAAGAGAGCGGAUCCUGAGCGAAGUUUUAUGGAGUCCCUCAUUGUGGAUUCGAUAGAGAGCGAGCUAGAAAGCGAAGGAUCUAUUCUUACGACUCAUCCAUUGUCGUUUGUGCACGACUUAGCCUAUGGUUUUAUUUUGAAGCGAUGGAGAAAGCGUUGGUCCGACAAGAACUUUCCACAGAAAUUUGAUUUCUCCACACCUGUCUGUUCAAUCGACUGGAAACUUCAGAGUGUUCCGUUGGGUAAAGACAGCUUUCCAAGACUUGUCACAACCAUCCUGAAGGGUCGUCACGAUAGAAUACAGCUUCCAAGUCUCGUCAAUCGUUGUAUGCUGGAAACAUCAAGAUUGUAUAAUGACUACCCUCCAGAAGCGUCUGAUGCAAAUCGACUGCUUGAUGAGUUCGAUUCUGUGACAAAAAUGUGCAUCGAGAAUGGUGUUCGUAUAGCUAUGGAUGCCACGACUGCAUGCCAUUUAAUGAGCGAUCCUUUUGCUGGGCAUGAACAUUCCUAUGCUGUGCCUAUUCGUGUCAUCGAGAAAGUAGUUCAAGGAAAAACAACGAAUAUCGCUGUUCUUGGUAAACCGCGCAUUCUUGGGGCAGUUCAACGUGUGGCCAUUCAAAGACAGUUCAUAAAAUAUUUACUAAAGGCUUCCUAUGUUUCCAAAAAGAGCAUGGUGGCUGAAGUAAAGGCUGACUCCAGUGAGCCAUCCAUGAAGAAGAUCAAGGCUGGCUCAGAUGUGAAGCAAAGUGAUUUCUGCGAUCCUCUCGAUUCCAUACUUCCAUCCCUUGAGGCGUUGUCAAGUCAGCCUGGAACAUCGAAUGCCGUCAGUUUCUCAGAGAAUGGUAAAACGUACUCCGUGUUCUCCAUUAUUGGAUCAAACAUUCUAGUGCGCUCUCGUGCUGCACCGCUGUGCUCAGAAGGGCAUCAAUCCUUAAAAUCCAUGGCGUUAUCAUUUCAACCCAAAGUUGAAUACGUUCCGAAUGCUGGAGCAAUGCACUUGCUGGACGCAGAAUCUGGCUGGAAUUAUUGCAAAGAGAUUUUCAAGCAGUCUGCUAAUCAUGCUCUCUUCAGGACCCAUUACAUGGGAAAACAUUUGCUGCAGAUUCAGCACUGGAUAUCCCAAAGUUUCGAAGAUGCCAGUGGAAGUGAACAGCAAUGGACUGGACCUACUCAUAGACAAGAUGCGAAAAUGAUGGUAUCUGCCUACACUUCCCGUUUCGCUCGACUUCUAGAAGAAAUCAGCCACCUCUCCCAUGGUGACUAUAUGCUUGUUAAUAGGCACGAUGGUGUCGUCAAGAUUCUACCUCAAUUGGACGAAAGUGUGAAUUCGAGUGAUGUUUUGGAUUGUGAAAAAGAGACGGUCCUCGUUGCUCAACCUUCUGUGCGCAUUCGCGAUGUCUUUAAUGGACUCGAAGCGGUUAUACCUUUGCAAUGGCAGGUUGUGCAGAAACGUGCUCCCGGUUGUUAUGUGGCUCCGAACAGCAAACUUCAUUUCACAGCCCGUACGCCUUUGCCCGAGGGCUCCAUGCGAUUGGGUGAGGAUAAGUCGAAAAUCGGAGCGAAAAGGAAUCGUCAACGGAAGAAGGAAAAUGCCAAAAGACGAAAAGUGCUUCAAUUGCAAGGUAAAUUGUAUUCCUUUCAAGCUUUUGCAGUGCGCUUUUGCAUACUGUGUUUAUGA